AUGACGGUCACGUAUACAGCUCGGGUGGCAAAUGCACGGUUUGGCGGGUUCUAUAAGCUCCUACUACUAUGGAGGGGCAGCAUUUACAAGCUAUUGUACAAGGAGUUCCUGGUGUUCUUUUUCAUGUAUCUGGUGCUCAGUAUUACUUACAGGUUCUUACUCAAUGAAGAUCAGAAACGCAGCUUUGAAAAGGUGUCGAUUUACUGCAACAACUACGCAAAUCUCAUCCCGGUCUCCUUUGUGCUCGGUUUCUAUGUCACCCUGGUGGUGAACAGAUGGUGGAACCAGUACUUGUGUAUGCCAAUGCCUGACCGCGUCAUGUGCGCCAUCAAUGCCGCGGUUCACGGUGCGGAUGAGCAAGGGAGGAUGUACCGGCGGACGCUCAUGCGGUACUGCAGCCUGUCCGGUUUACUCAUCUUGCGGUCCGUCAGCACAGCCGCCUUCAAAAGGUUCCCAACCAUUGACCAUGUGGUGGAGGCCGGGUUUAUGACUCGCUUUGAGCGGAAGAAGUUUGAGAAUCUGUGCUCCUCUUAUAACAAGUAUUGGGUUCCAUGCGUUUGGUUCUGCAGUCUGGCGGCUCAGGCCCGGAACGAGGAGGAAGGAUCUCAUGAUACGUCAAUAUCUCUUCUGUUUCUAUAGGAGUUGAACGCUUUCCGUGGAAACUGCGGCAUGCUCUUCCACUAUGACUGGAUCAGUAUCCCCCUCGUGUACACUCAGGUAGUGACCAUCGCCGUAUACAGCUAUUUCCUCACCUGCCUGAUAGGACGCCAGUUCCUGGAUCCGGUCCAGGGCUACUCCGGCCACGACCUGGACCUCUAUGUCCCCGUCUUCACCCUCCUUCAGUUCUUCUUCUAUGCCGGCUGGCUGAAGGUGGGAGAGCAGCUGAUUAAUCCGUUUGGUGAGGACGAUGAUGACUUUGAAACCAAUUUAUUGAUUGACCGGAAUUUCCAGGUGUCCAUGCUGGCAGUGGAUGAGAUGUAUGGUGACGUUCCUGUUCUGGUGAAGGAUCGAUACUGGAAUGAUUCAGAUCCUCGUCCGCCGUACACAGCAGCCACCUUAUUCCAGAAGUACCAACCUUCCUUCCAGGGAUCCACGUUUGACAUGGCGCUCGCCAAGGAGGACAUGCAGUACCAGCACCUCUCAGACAUCGAGGAAUUGAACGAAGAGACUUUAUCCUAUGCGUUUCCGUUGCUUAGCCGCCUCAUGGGAGGCAAUGGCGCCUCUCCUCCGCCCUCGUCUGCUGCUCUCAGUACGCUAUUUGUAGCACCCAGUAGUCGCUUCUCAGUCAUCAAGAGGUCAACCAGCUCCAUGUCUGGAUCUUCUGAUAGCGUGUGCCCGGAGAGCCCUCAGGACCCGCCAAUCACUGACCCAAUGGCACUGGCCGAUGAAGGUCAACCUGGCACUCCCAUAUUUUAUGUUGAAUCGCAACAAUUUUUUGCUUCCUUUAAUGAAGCUGUUCCUGCCGUGGUGGACACAAUCCCCGCCAACCACGAUGGAGAAACCUCUGCUUGA